CGCUCAAGGCGUGGGCCGAUGCGUCGCGUUUGCGAGGUUUUUGACGUACCCCUCUACCGCUGUUGUCUAUGGGAGUGCUUGGUCGAAUCGAAUUUUGUGAGAAAUUAUUUUAUGUCCAGUGUUGAAAAGGAUAUUUUAAUAUUUCUUCGCAUGAAAGUGAAUAAAACAAUCUGUUGAAUAUGGCGUUGGAGGGUGUAAAAAGUGAAAAAAGUGAGGAAAACAACGGCAAUAUACCAGAAGGCAAAGCGAAUGGUAUCGACAACAAAAGUAAACAGGUACAAAUAGACCCAAACACAGCAUUCCUACGGGCAGCGCGCGCCGGCCAGCUUCAAACAGUGGGCGAGUUACUCGACUCCGGCGCAGUCACAGACAUCAAUACAUGUAACUCAAAUGGACUAAACGCACUACACCUCGCAGCUAAAGACGGCCACAUUGCAGUGGUCGAGGAACUGCUGAAGCGCGGCGCCACUGUCGACGCAGCUACCAAAAAAGGCAACACAGCCCUACACAUAGCAUGUCUCGCGGGACAGGAAUCAGUGGCGCGGGCGCUGCUGGCGGCGGGGGCGAAGGCCGACGCGCAGUCCGCCGCCGGCUUCACUCCCCUUUAUAUGGCGGCGCAAGAAAACCACGCAGGAUGUGUGAAGAUGUUGCUCGCUGCCGGCGCCAGUCAGACUUUGGCUACAGAGGACGGCUUCACACCCCUAGCGGUGGCGAUGCAGCAAGGUCAUGAUCGUGUCGUGGCUGAGCUGCUGGAGUCGGACACGAGGGGCAAAGUUCGGUUACCGGCGCUGCACAUUGCCGCUAAAAAGAACGACGUCAAGGCGGCCACGUUGCUGCUAGAGAACGAACACAACCCAGACGCAUGCUCGAAAUCUGGGUUCACACCGUUGCACAUCGCAGCACACUACGGCAACGUGGGCGUAGCUAAAGCGUUACUUUCUGCGGGGGCCGAUUCGGGGAGGGCAGCCAAACACAACAUCACACCUUUACAUGUCGCCAGCAAGUGGGGACAGUUGGCGAUGGUCGACUUACUUGUGGAGCAUGGGGCCAACAUAGCGGCAGUGACGCGCGACGGGCUGACGCCGCUGCACUGCGCCGCGCGCUCGGGCCACAGCACCGUGGUCAGCCGGCUGCUGCAGCACGCCGCGCCCAUCACUAGCAAGACUAAGAACGGUCUAACUCCUCUCCACAUGUCCGUGCAAGGCGAACACGUGGAGACGGCCAAAGUUCUCCUCACAGAGGGCGCUCCAAUCGAUGACGUCACAGUCGACUACCUCACAGCUCUACACGUCGCCGCGCACUGCGGGCAUGUUAAGGUAGCCAAACUACUGCUGGACAGAAACGCAGACGCUAACGCAAGAGCGCUGAACGGCUUCACCCCGCUACACAUCGCUUGCAAGAAAAACAGGCUCAAAGUCGUCGAGUUGCUGCUCAAAUAUGGCGCUAGCAAGUCAGCAACGACAGAAUCGGGUCUCACCCCGCUGCACGUAGCAUCGUUCAUGGGCUGCAUGAACAUAGCUCUGGUGCUGCUGGGCGCGGGCGCGGAGGCCGACGCGGCCACCGCCCGCGGGGAGACCCCUCUGCAUCUGGCUGCGCGUGCGCACCAGACUGAUCUAGUGAGGGUGCUGCUCAGGAACAAUGCCAAGGUGGAAGCCCGAGCGCGAGAAGAACAGACGCCGCUGCACGUGGCGGCGCGCCUGGGACACGGCGACGUGGCGGCGCUGCUGCUGCAGCACGGCGCGGACGUCGCCGCGCCCACCAAGGACCGUUACACGCCGCUGCACAUCGCCGCUAAAGAAGGCAAAGAAGAAGUGGCCUCAAUCCUGCUCGAGCACGAGGCGCCGAUCGAGGCGGAGACGCGGAAAGGCUUCACGCCGCUGCACCUGGCGGCCAAGUACGGGCGCAGCGGCGUCGCGCGGCUGCUGCUGGGCCGCGGCGCGCGGUCGCUGCCGCCCGGCCGCGCGCACAUCACGCCGCUGCACAUGGCCACGUAUUACGGACAUCCCGAUAUAGCGCUGCUGUUGCUCGAUAAAGGAGCAUCUCCACACUCGCUGGCCAAGAACGGGCACUCGGCGCUGCACAUCGCCUGCCGCCACAACCACCCAGAUAUCGCGUUCGCACUACUCGAACAUGAUGCGGACCCGAAUGUGAAAUCAAAGGCUGGGUUCACACCGUUGCACAUGGCCGCUCAGGAGGGCCACGAGGAUUGCGUGGAGAUGCUGAUUGAGAGGGGCGCUGAUGUCAACGUUCCCGCCAACAACGGUCUGACGCCAGUGCACCUAGCAGCGUCGGAAGGGCGCACGGCGGUGCUGCAGAGCCUGGUGUCCGCAGGCGCGCACUGCACGCCGCGCACGCGCGAGGGCUACACGCCGCUACACGCGGCCGCGCAUCACGGCCAUCAUGCGGCUGCGCGUGCGCUGCUGCAAUGUCGCGCUGAUGUCGCCGCCAGGGCUGCUCACGGUUUCACCCCACUUCAUCAAGCGGCGCAGCAAGGCCACACGCUGAUAAUCCAACUGCUGCUCAAGAACAACGCUGAUCCCAACGCCCUGUCUGUGAAUGGCCAAACAGCAUGCGCUAUAGCGGACCGACUCGGCUACAUCAGCGCCGUGGAGGCGUUGCGGCCGGUCACUGAGAACACGCUGAGCCAAGCCGUCGGCGACAGCGGUGGGACCGAAGGCAAGUACCGUGUAGCGGCGCCCGAGCUUAUGCAGGACACCUUCAUGAGCGACUCCGAGGACGAAGGAGGUGAAGUGGAGUGUCCAAUCCAGCAGCAACAGCAAUACCGCUACAUGAACAGCGAAGCGGGAACCUUACACCGGGCCAAGCCGCUCGAGGAGUCUGUCACUGAUGGCCACUUGUGGCCAAGUAACAAUGACAGCAAGCGCAGCACUAUCGACCGCCAGCCUCUCGACAUCGGUUUCCUGGUGUCGUUCGUGGUGGACGCGCGGGGCGGCGCGAUGAAGGCGAAGCGCCGAGGUGGCGUCCGAAUCAUAGUGCCCCCCGCCGCAUGCUCUGCGCCUACCAGGGUCACAUGUCGUGCUGCCACACGCCGGGCUCCGGCCGCGGCGCCGCCCCCGCUGAUGGAGGGCGAAGCCCUAGCUUCCAGACUGCUGGAGUUGCAACCACAAGGAGCCAAGUUCUUGGCACCCGUGAUAAUCGAGGUGCCUAUCUUCACAUCUUCGUGCAAAGAGCGAGAGAUCGUGAUCCUGCGAUCUGACACCGGAGAAACCUGGCAGGACCACUACCUGCACAACAAUGACAACCCUAUGAUACAGGAGGCACUCCAGCGCGAGCGUCAAGAGCACGGCAACUCCGGUGAAACGCUAGGCGAGAGCGGCGAGCGGGUCACGCGCAUCAUCACGUGCGACUUCCCCCACUACCUGGCUGUGGUGUCCAGGAUCCGACAAGAAGUGCAUAUUAUUGGCCCAGAGGGCGGCACUGUCUCCAGUGCUCAUAUUCCACAAGUACAAGCCCUGUUCCCGCCGGCGGCGCUCACCAAGCGCAUCCGCGUGGGGCUGCAAGCGCACGGCGCGCCCGCGGAGCUGAGCCAGCGCGUGCUGCCGCGCCAUGCGGCCGUGUCGCCCGUCAUCACGGUGGAGCCUCGGCGGCGGAAGUUCCAUCGCUCCAUCACGCUCAGUGCGCCGCUGCCUAAAGAGCAGCAGCAGCCGCAGCAGCAGCCGCAGCCGAGCAGCAACCUGCGGCUGCUGUGCUCGAUCAUGGGCGGACAGGCGCGCGCGGUGUGGGAGGACGUGACGGGCUCCACGCCGCUCACUGUCGCCGGCGACGUCGCCUCCUUCACCACCACCGUCUCCGCCAGGUUUUGGUUGAUGAACUGCCAAAAUGUCAGCGAUGCAACAAAGCUGGCUACGGAACUUUACAGAGACAUGCUGCUGGUGCCGUUCUCGGUGCGCAUCGUGGUGCUCGGCAAGCGCCUGGACGCGCUCGAGGGCCGGCUGCUGGUGCUGUACAUCACCGACCGCUACCAGUACGACGCGCUGCUGCACCAGGAGCACUACACGGAGGUGGCGCAGUCCACAUCGGUGCGGUUCCUGGACGGCAAGCAGGUGUUCCUGGAGUUCUCCGGGAACCUGGUGCCCGUCACCAAGUGCGCCAGCCAGCCCUGCUUCACCUUCGAGGCAUUCAAGGACAACCGUGUGGAGUUCACGGUGCGGGUGAAACAUCACGAAGACGCGCCGUCCGGCAGGAUCUACUUCAUGAACGAACCCAAGGUCCCUCGCGGAGAGCAAUGUCAGAGCCCGGCGUGCGUGCUGGACGUGUCGCUGCCGCGCAGCUUCGCACCGCGCGCUGCGCUCAGCCAGCUCGACUGCCUCAACCUCGACCAGUCCGGAUUCGACGCUCUGAAGGACGAGCUGAGCUUCCACUGGGGCGACCACAACAACAGCCACGGCCCCGGGUCGCUGCCCUUCCAACACGACAAGCCUGUUAAUGGACACGACAAGAUUAUCACCAAUGGCGAUGUGAAAGACCCCACAAAAGAUGUCGAUGACAAAGAUACAAAGCCACAAGUAAACGGCGAUACUUUGCAUGUAGACUCAAACAAGACAAAAGCAACUUUCGAUUCAGAUGAAGAUAAGACACCUAUGAAUACCCUUGAAAAGGGAGAUAAAGGCAAAAAGAAACCCGAUGGAGGUUUCCUUGGAGGACUCGCUGGAAAAGUCAAAAAUGUCUUCACCCAUAGUGAAGACAAAGACGAAGAGAAAGAAUCAUCUCCUAAACCUCAGCCGAAACCCAGAGAAUCCAAAGAAAAAAGCCCGCCUAAACCAGCCCCGAGAAUUAUAGACGAAGGUCUCUUAGAUAAAGUCGAGGAUAUGUUCAAAGAUCUCAAGACCAAACCACACCAGAAAGAUGAAGAGGAACUUCAGAGUGAAGUUUAUUCCACGAAAUUAGUCGUGGAUGAAGAUAAUCUAAGACCUUCUAAAGAAACUGAAGAACAUAUUUAUGAACAAUAUGCAAACAUGCAGCCAGUGGAAACGCCCAUUCAUAAUAAAAUAUCGGACCCAUUCCAGUAUCCAAACAACAAAUGUUGUGAUAAACGAUACAAACACAGUCACGAUGAAACGUCAAAUUUAGAAGAUAUCAUAGAACAAUCUAAAUUCGCGGCCCAUGAAAGGCUUGGAGAAGUGAGUGAGAAAGUACAAAAUGAUGUCAAUGAUGGUUUAAAUAAGAUUGAAGAAGAAAAGGAAAGCUUGAAACAAAAAGGCAGUGAAAUUAAAGAUGAUAUUUUCGGAAAAGUAGAUAAAGUCAAAGAUAAUUUGGAAGAUAAAGAACAAAAGUUAGAAUCCCAGGUACAAGAUAAAUUGGACGAUGUCAAUAAAAGUGCACAUAAAGUGCAGGAAGAUAUUAAAGAUAAGGUUUCCGAUUUAAAGUCCAAUGUUUCUGAUGAAGUUAGUAACUUCAAGUCUUCCAGUAAAGCCGGAGUAGAUCAUUUAGUUCAUACAGCCAGUGGUGUUACCACUAACAUUAAGGACAAGGCACAUGAAUUAGAUUUUGCUGCGAGAGAAAGAGCAGAACAAUUGAAAGAAUAUGGUCAUGACAAAUUAGUCUCUUUUGGAAAUUCCGUCGAAAAUGCAACGGAUGACUUUAAAACUAAAGCAAACAGCGUCGGAAAUGAUAUCAAAAACAAAACGCAAGAAAGUGCUGAUGCUGUUGCCAAUUCAUUCCAUGAAGUACAAGAUAACCUGAGCCAUAAGGCACAUGAUGUCAAAGAAUGUGUUAAAGAAACUGCAGACAAUAUCAAAGAUGCCACGAAUGAAAAAAUACAUGAUCUAGGUGAAUCUGUUGAAAAUGCUAAGACCAAAGCUGGCAAAGCUGCUGCUGAUCUCAAAUCCAAAGCGGAUGAUACAAAGGAUGAUGUGAAAUCGGAAAUCAAAAAGAAAUCUAAAAAAGGAAAGAACUUUUUUACUGGGCUUGUAGAUAAUGUCUUUGGCGGCAAAGACAAAAUUGAAGAUGAAGUCAAAAGCAAAAUUGCUGAAAGCAAAGAGUCUGCUAACGAUUUAAUAGAGCAAGCAACAGCUAAGAAAAAUGAAAUUGAAGAUGGUGCUUCGAAAAAGAAAUCUGAACUUAAAGAAGGUGCUGAAAAGUUGGCAAAGGAAGCUGAGGCGAAAAAAGCGGAAGUAGAAAGUGCUAUCCACAAUAAGACCGAUGAAGUCAAAUUUGCGGUUCAAGAUAAGGCCAAUGAAGUUAAAACGGCCGUUGAAAAUAGGGCUCAUGAUGUAAAAUCAACAGUUGAAAAUAGGGCCGAAGAAUUAAAAUCAGCAGCUCAAAAUAAGGCUGAAGAAAUUUCACAAGCUAUAUAUGAUAAGGAGCAUGAAGUCGCCAAUUCUGUACAGAGUAAAAAGGAUGAAAUCUCAACAGCCAUUCACGAUAAAGCUGGCGAAGUUAAAGAGUCUAUUGUAGAAGCCAAAGAUGCCAUUCAUAACAAAAAAGAUGAAUUGGAAAAGGCUGCGCAUGACAGACUUGACGAAGCCAAAAAUAAGAAGGAUGAAAUUGUAUCUUCGGUUCAGAACAAAACUGAAGAAAUAGGGCAAGCUAUGCACGAUAAAAAUCAAGAAAUUGGCAAUACAAUUAGUAACAAAAUGGAUGAUUGGGAAUCAACUGUUCACGACAAGACGAACGAAGCUAUUUCAGCAGUUGAAAGUAAAAAGCACGAAGUAAGCGCAUCUAUUCAGGAAAAUAAAGAUGCAGCUAUCGCCGCUGUUCAACAAAAGAAGGACGCAGCAGCAACUGAACUGGAAAGAAUAAGGCAAGAAGCAGAGUAUACCACUGACCAAAUAAAAAAAACAGCAGAAGAAGCAUUGAACAAAGGCAAAGACAAUUAUGAUGACAUCCAAAGGGCGGCUAGCGAAAAAGCGAAUGACCUUCAGAAGUCUUCAAAGCAGGCGUUCGAUCACAUUCAAGAUGCAACCUUGAGUACUUUCGAUAAGGUCGAAAGUUCAGCCAAGAAUAAAGUGAGCGACGCUAAGGACACGUGGGAAGAUUUGCAGAGUUCGACGCGUGACACUUUCGCCGAUUUCAAAGAUGAUGUUCACGGCUUCGAGAGUUCCGCGCAGGACACCUUGCACAGUUUCCAGAGUUCCGCUGGCAACACGUUCGACAGCUUAGAUGAUUCUGCUAAAGAAAUGUUCAGUGGUGUUCAAAACACUGCUAGCAAUGUCGAAGCAAAUUCAAAGGAGUUGUUUGGGGAUGUAAAGAAUGAAUUUGAAGGAUUCCAAGUGUCGGCGGAUAAUAAGUUGGAAGAUGUGAAGGGCGAGGCGAAGGAAAGGCUGGAAGAGGCGGGGGAGAGGUUAGCGGAAGCGGGGAGGGAAGCGGGGGAGAGCGCGCGGGGGGUGGCGGGGGCGGUCAGUUCUGAAGCUGACAAGUUCACCAGCAACCUGAAUGAUUUGGGCAAUUCUGUCUUCGGUUCUUCAGGCAAAGGUUUUAUGAAGGACUCGAGCACCAAAUUAUUGGAGUCUGAGAAGUCACAAUCGUCGCCCUCACCACACAAAAAGGGAUCUGGAAUUCCGAAGCUAAAGAAGAAAAAUAGGAAAUAAAUAGCCGACCGACCGCCGAGCUACAUAUUUUUCUCGAAACUGCGGCGUAAAACGUGAAAGGAACUCUGCAGUUCAUCACUUCAAAUUAUCUACGGUUGAGUAGAAUUACCUAAUUUAGCCUUUGAUAGUCCGGUAGAUUAGGUAAGGUUUGAAAACAGCUUGAAUAUAAUUUUAAUGUACAAUUCUAAUGUUGUAUCCUAUCUGUUAUAUCCCAAUGAAACGAGUGUGCGUUUUCCUUUUUAAUUACGUACAAAUAUAAAUCAUUUAAAACAUAAGCUAUAUAAUGCAAAGUUUAAUUGUUAUUUGUCAUUACUUGGCACCACGUGAAUAUAAAGUGUGUUGAAUUUGAUGUUGUUUUGUAAAUUGGAUAUUGGAACUAAUUAAUAACAUUGUUAAACUUUAUAAUAUUUUAUAAAACGAUGUGCUAUUUGAGUGUUAUGAUGCAGUUACCAUAUGUAACUUUUCGUUCCAGUCUUUGAUGAAUGUCUUAUAUUAAAAUCUUGAUAAUUUGAUAUAUUUCGAUCUUACGUCCAUACUACCUAUGAGUUGUUUAAUGAAAUCUUCUCAUGUAAAAAUCGUAAAAAUUUACUAAAAUAUUUAUUUCCGCCUGGUUGACAUACCAUAAAUCGUUGCCCUUUUUCAUAUUUUCAAAGAUAUUUAGCAUUUCUCUAAGUAAACUAGACAUGGUCGUUGAAUAGGAUUAUAGAGGUGCUUUUAAUAGUGAUUGUACUCUUUAUACCUUACAUUAUAUUACACCAUAAUAAGAGGUAAUACAUAAUACAUACCGUACAACCAAAAAUUUACACAAAACUAGUAGAAGGAUUGCAUUUCAUUGUGCUCAUUUAGCUUUAAAAAUGUUAGAAUUGUCGCUCAUAGACUAAAAAAUAAUUAAUGAAAUGAAAGAAAAAAGGAACGACAUAAUUAUUCCUUUCAAAACGUGUUUCUUUACAUUCGGUCAAUUUAAUAUUUAAAAUGUAUGAGUGUAUCGAGUGAUAGUCUUGGUCAUUGAUGUAAAGCAUAUAUUAUGUACUGGAAAUUAAUAUUUAGAAUCACCAUUCUUGACACAAAUUAACGUAUUAAUAAUACUUGCACGUGGUAAAUGUAAGCGUUAUCUUUUAUAAUAUAAUCGCCAUUAAUUUUAAUCUUGAAAUUUUAAACUUUUUGUAUAAUUGGAGUUGAAAACAAUUGCAUUUUUAUAUUGUGAUUGUGAAUGUUAAUUAAAAAUUAUUUUUAUAUGUUUGUUAGUUCGCAAAUAUUUUGAUUGUUAUAAAGGAACAACCGAUGCAGAAAUACAUAUAAAAAAUAUUAACUUCUUGUUUGAAAUUACUGACGUACGUAUCUGUCACGUAUCUGCUGAUAUUAUACAUAAUUUUGGAGAACUGUGAUGCCAAAGUAAACAUUACGUGUAAUGUUAAAUAAACUUUUGUUAAUUUAUUAAUAGAGUCUAUGUUUGCUCUAUUUAUUGCUUUUAGUAAGUAAUAAAUAAAUUAUUACAUAUUAAA